GAGGAGACCGAGGACUGGAAAUCUAGGGAGGAAGACGAGUCUGAGGAGGAGGAAACUCAGGAGGAGCAGUUUGAUGAGGCCAAGAAGAGGAGAUGCAAAGGGGGAAGUUUGGGAAGGAGACGCCAAACAAAAAGGCUGAGGAGUGGGAGUUUGAGGAGGAGUCUGAGAAAAAGGAGACGGAAGAGGAGAGCCACGAUGAGUUAGGAGAGAAUAGCUCCAAAGAAGAGGAAAAUAAAACACAGGUUUCUGAGAAAGAGGACACCCGAGAAGUCCAGGGCCAAGGGUGGGAGUCUGGGGAGGACUCUGAAGAAGAGGAGCCUGAGGAGCCAAAAGAGAUUCAAGAGGAAAGGAAGGAGUCAAAGAAGGAUGACGCCAAAGAAGAUGAGACCGAUGAGGAGGUGCCCAAGACGAGGAAAUCACAGGAGAGCAAGACUCUGGACUGGGAGGCUGAGAAAGAGAAACACCAGGAGGAGACGCAGCUGGAGGUUAAGACUCAAGAGGAUAAAUGUGAGGAGACGGUGAUGCAACGGGAGGAGGCGUCUGAAAAAGAAGAGACACAAGAGCAGGAGUUGCAACCGGAAAAGUCUGAGGAGGUCAAGGAAACACAAAGAGAGGAAACUCAAGAGGAGUCUAGAAAGGAGAAGGGGCAAGAAGAUGAGACGCAUCAGGAGGAGUCUGAAGAAAAGGAGCCUGAGGAGGAGAUUAAAAAUGGAGAGACUCAAGGAGAGGAGUCUAAGAAAGAGUUGACACAGGAGGAGCUUCACAAGGAGCUGUCUGAUGACGGUAACACCCCUGAGGAGCAACCUGAGGAAGAGGAGGCGUUUGAGAAAGCAGAUGUGCAAAAGAAGGAGGUGAACAUGGACGAGUCUGAGGAGGCUCAAGAGGAUGUGUCCAAGGACAAUAUGGAGGAGGAAGAGACACAAAAGGAAGAGAUGCAGGAGGUGGCGUCUGAGGAGCAAGAGCCUGAGGAGGGAGAGCAUCUAGAGGAGGAACCUGACCAGGAGAAGACGGAGCAUCUAGAGGAGGACAUGAACCAUCUGCAGAACAUCCUCCUUCAGUCUGACUCCAGCUUCCAAGCAGAAACACCCAGGAUAAAGCCUGAGUUUGACUUGUCCAGCAGAAACUUUGUCCUACGGUUAGAGGACAGCACUGUUGACCUGCAGGACUCAGAAACCGAGGAAGAGGAGCAGACGCUGCUGCAUGAGCUCCAGAGGAAUGGCAGCUUCAAUGUUGAGCAGUCUCUGUCAGAGAGUCUGCACAGACGGACCUUCAGCAGCUGCAGAGUCUCCGAUUUAGAUGAAUCCAUCACAACCACUAUGAAGAGGAGAGCUGCUGAAGAGGAAGAGGACGAGGAAGAGCUGUUUCUGCGUCUUUUCAACAAGUCGCUCAGGAUUCUCAGAGCUUCCACACCAAUAUCAGGAGCCUCCGUUUGCUCUCCUCAGAUCACAAAGAAGAGGUCCUCCUGUCAUUCCCUCCUUCACUCCAUCACUGAUGAUCAGGAGGAAGAGGAAGAAGGAGACGCCGGUUCUGGUGCUGAUGGUGGUGGAGAUGUUUCAGGAUGGAGUUCUGAGGCAAAGGAAGAGCAAAAUGCUUUCUUCACCUGUAAUGAGUCGGAGCAGGAGCAGAAAACCAGAAAGGGUCUCAAAACAGACGAGGAGGAGGACGAGGAGGAGGAGGAGGAGAGUAAUGCUGUUUAUCUGUCUUUAGAAGAGUUGGAAUCGGAGGAAGAUGAUCUGAUGUGUUGAACUCGGUGAGGAAACCCAGCAGGGCAGCGAACAGUCGGCUCAUGGACCCUUCUGACCUCUGGACAGCAAACGGAUUCAGUCUCAGAGAUGUGAGGAAAGGUCUGGGACAGCCGGACCAAGAUGGACGACGGCCGGUGCUUCUUCCUCAGACCGGUCCAGGACCGACCAGCCUGUCCAGGACCGACCAGCCGGUCCAGGACCGACCAGCCUGUCCAGGACCAGCCGGUCCAGGACCAACCAGCCUGUCCAGGACCAGCCGGUCCAGCAGCUCAGCAGGUCUCCAGGUUUAGCCAAGCAGAUUUGGGCCCAAAUAAAGGCUCAGGACUUCAGGACCCGUUUUAUUCAGCAGGACUGAGUAAUUAUGUGAUCGAUUGUUGGAGCUCAGAUUAGUUCUGUGUUCAGUUUAAACUGCAACAUUAAAGUUUCCAAGUCUGGAGGUGUGAAAGUGUCCAGAAAGGAAACCAAAGUCUCAGGUUCCCCGACCCUGACCUGUAAAUCCAAAAUGGCCGCCUCGUUACGUCUGAUCAGCUGUUUCUGUUUAAGCCACACUAUUCUGUAAAAACAUUUUAGUUAAACAGUUUGAAAAUACAAAAAAGUGUCAUGAUGUCUGUUUGGUUUAGUUUAUCUGGGUUUGGGUUCACAGCUGUCCUGGUUUUGUUUCUUGUUUGCGUUCAUCCCUUUAGCUAGCUUAGUUCCUCAGAUCAAGACUUUUUCCCUCUUAAUUUGGCUCGUUUUCUCCUGUCCCACUAACUAUUUAAGUUCUGGUCUCUGUCUGGAGCGUCUUACGCCUGU